AUGGCGCUGCGAAACGGCGGCAGAAAGAUCACCUUCGAGGUUCUCAGCGUUGAUGACGAAUCGGAUCCAAGCGAACGCAGCCGCAGGAGGCGUAGGCACCGCGCCUCCAAGCGCAAGAAGAAGCUUCUUGAUCGCGUCGAUUCCCUCGAUCCGCAUUCGAUUCCACUGGAAAACGGAGGAGCCUGCAACGGAUUUGAGCUCGACGCUAAUAGGUACUGCUCUGGCGGAGGGAGCGUCGUAUUCGAGGAGGUGCGUGAGGCGAGUGUGUGCGCGGCUGAGGAGGCGAGUGUGUGCGCGGCUGCGGAGGCGAGUGUGUGCGCGGCUGCGGAGGCGAGUGUGUGCGCGGCUGCGGAGGCGAGUGUGUGCACGGCUGCGGAGGCGAGUGUGUGCGUGGCCGCGGAGGCGAGUAUGUGCGCGGCAGCGGAGGUGCGUGAGGCGGAGUGCGAGGUUCCGACGGCGGUGCGCGGUGGCAUCGAGGGGUUUAAUUUUGGGAAAUUGAGGCAGAGGAACGUGAGUUGUGGGAGUUGCGAGGAUUUCGCGGCUUCGGUGGUCCGCGAUGAGAAGGAGGACGGCGGUCUGAAGGCGAGUCCGGUAGAGAAACCGACGAACGAGCCUGAUAGGAAUGUCGCUACGAAAUUGGAGACUGUGGAGUCGUUGGACUGGAAGCGUCUCAUGGCGGAAGAUCCGAAUUGUGAGUGGUACAAUGGUCCUAUCUCUGCAUGCAUCACAUUUCAUCCCAUACCUAUAAUUCCAAUUAUUUUUCGAACAAUUGACCAUAUAAAAAAUGCUAUAAAUGUGUUAAAACAAAAUUAUGCAUCGGCUUCGAAGAGGGAAAUGGCUGGGAAAUUGACGUGGGGUUGGUUCUCUGUCCCCACUUACGUGUUUACAGUGGAGAAGUCUCCUGUAACAUACUUUUUGGACGAAAUGUACAAUGGGAAUUCUUUACGGAGCACAACAACUCUAGGGAAUGAAAAAGAACGAGAGAGAGUUUAUGAUACUAUCUUCCGUCUGCCCUGGAGAUGUGAAUUGUUGCUACUUGAUUGCUCAAGUGUGGUGAAUCAUAAUGCUCAAAAUGUUACUUAUACUCAUUCAUUCAUUGCUAAAUUCAAUGACAUUAAACCCAUCGCAUACUCCGAGUUUCUUGAAGAUCUAUGUAAACAGACUCUAAAUAUGCAAACUGAGGGCGCAAAGAAAAACCUGACUUUUGUCCCCCUUGCUCCAGCAUGCGUGGUCAUUCGAGUUCUCACUCCAGUAUAUUCUGCAAACCUUCCAAACAAUCCCCUUCCAUGGAGGCUUUUCUGGAUUCUGCUUUUUUCAGCAAUGACUUAUGUUAUGCUCACAAGUCUCAAGGUCCUCAUUGGCAUGGGCUUAAAGAAGCAUGCCACUUGGAUUCCUCCACUCAGCCCCCACUCGGCCCCCACUCGGCCCGAAGAACAAUUUAUGAAAGAUAACAUCAGGAACACUUGA